CGUUUUUGUACUUGCCACCAUCUACACACACCAUGCCCCUGAAUGAUGCACUGGCGGCCACUGGAGCUGCGGGCAUAAUCUAUGCAGAGAAUGGAACCAAGCACAAAAGCAUGUCCAACUCAUCCAAAGCUGAUUUGAUGACAGGAGGAGGCGGCGUUGGUGGCAGUGGCAGUGGUGGCGGGGGCGGCGGUAUUGGUGCACUCUUUGGCGGCGGAGGUGUAUCCCUGGCCAGCCUCCAUGGACAGAAAUGGACGCAGGUCUUUGACAUGGACAAGAUGAUCAAACAGCUGCGCGCAGCGGAGAAGACCUAUCUGAGGGGAGGAGGAGGGAAGCCCACGAGCAGUGGCAGUGGCAGCGGCAGUAGCCAAGACCAAACCAAGCUCCAUGUCCAGCGUCUCAAUGCGGCGGACAUGGCCUAUUAUGACAUCGUCCCAAAGCUGGCCACCCGCGACCUGGUCGUGUGCAACACCUGCAACGGCAGCUACACGAAGGCAGGGUUCCAGAACCACAUAGCAUUGCAGCAUCCGGCCAUCUGGGAGGCCACAUCGAACAAAGUGAAUCCGCUCACUGCCACAGGAGACACCACCACCACCACAGGCCAGCAGGAGACAGCAACGGGGGGCGACAAUCUGGCUGGAGGUUCGCCCACGGAAACCCUGUCCGGCUCCACUAUGUCCAGCUGUUCGAAUGGUUCGAGCAGUUCGGCAUCCUUGCACACAGCGGCCACCAAUCCCACGAGCAGCUCGUCGUCCUCAUCAUCGUCGCGUCACAAAAGCAGUAGCAGCAGCAAGAGUAGCAGUUCCUCCUCGAAGGGCAGCAGUGGGACCAGUCGCUCACGUUCAAAAUCAUCGAAAAAUCGCCACCAUUCGUCACCAGCUCCUGCCCCAGAGUCGAAUCCGAAUCACAAGGAAAAGACAGGCGGCUCCUCCAAAAAGAGUAGCAGCAGCAGCAUAAGUAGUAGUGCCAUAGCCGCUCCCCCAGCAGCAGUCGGAGGAUCGGUGGCCGGCAGCAUUAAAGAAGAGUUUGCACCGGCGCCCAUAACGGUGUUCUCCUCAUCCUCGAACUCAUCCUGCUCCCUGCCAACGAGCGAGCUGGGGGGGGUGGGUCUAAGCUUGAAUUACUCUCCUGCCAAUCAUCCGGGUGGUGCGGUGUUGGACGAAAAGCAGCCCGAGCCCCAGCCAAAGAAGAAGCUGAAGGUUUCCAGCGAUCAUCGAACAAAAGCGUCCAAGGAUAAACCAUUGGUCAGCAGCAACAGCACCAGCAGCAGCCAGUAUGAACAACAGCAACAGCAUCAGACCCAGCCAGUGCUGAUGAGUGAACUCGAUCAGGCUGUGUCCUCCAUUACCGGGCAAGUGGAGUCCCAGGAGUUGCCACCCGAAGAGGAAGAAUUGCCCCUGCCAAACACAUCCGAUGAGAAUUCCAUUUCCCUGACUCUAGAUGAGAUGCUGGACAGCAAAUUGAUCAAUGAGAUUCUGAAAAACUUUGAUGAAAGUGCCCUGGACACCUCCCAGCAGCAACAGCAGCAGCCACCGCAGCAGCAACAACAGCCAAAUGAAACACCUCAGCAUGCGCCGCAAGCCACAAAAAGACUGCGCUAUGACGAUGGCACGGUUGGUGCCGAAAUGGGUGACGAAUAUAUCUACCAGCAGCAGCAGCAACAGCAGCCGCAGCAGCAGGUCUACGGUGAGGAUAACCAGAGUCAAUUGACCACCAUCGAUGCCAUGCAGUUGCAGCAGCUCAUCUACCAGCAGCAGCAGAUGCUCGAGCAAGCAGAACACCAACAACAGCAGCAGCACAAGCAAGAGCUGCCAGAUGAACUGCAACCGAAUGCCAAUGGACAACAGCAACAGUUCAGUGUGUAUAAUGUGCAAUCGCUGACAGACGAUGCGGAGGCGCAACAGCAACAUCAACAUCAGCAACUGCAGCCGCAACAGCAACAACAGCAACAGCUCGAUGAGCAUAUGAUACUGCCAAGUAUUAUAUAUGAGAUUACAGACACUAAUCCGGUGUCGGUGCUGGAGCAGCAAAAGGUCAUAGCAGAGUUCCUUACACAAGCAGGCUAUGAGAAUGUCGAUGUGAAUGUCCUGCAGGCGGCCGCAGGUGCAGCCACAGCAGCAGGGAACACGGUGGGUGUGGGAGAUGUCAGUCAAUUCAACGACGACUUAAAUGAUUUUGAUUUCACAAAACUGGAGACUGUUAGCGACACAGCAACAACAACAAAGACUGUUAAACUGGAAUCAGCCACCAGCCAGCCACAAUCGGCCACUAGCAUCAGCAUAAAGCAUCAAUCUUUGGUCAAUGCCAAAUGCCACGAGGAGAGCUAUUUCAAUGUCAUGCACUAUUCGGGCCAACCACGACCCCUGGCCAUGAACACUUUCGGUUUGGUGAAGCUGCCCAAUGGUCUGGGCGCCACCUUGCGCAAGAAUCUACUGACCACCCGCAAGGCCAACAACAGUCUGCUGUCUCUGAAUGGCAGCGCUUUGGGCGUUGUCGGUCAGCUAGCCCGCCUACCACCGCCCUCGCCGGCAAAUAAUUACACGGCGCUCAGCAAUGGCACGGGGAUUUUGGUUAAGAAUGCUGCCGCUGCCGCUGGCAAGACCAUCUAUGCACAGAAGUCAAGUGUUAUAGCCCAGGAUCGGCUCAGGUGUAACAAGCGGGCUCUCGUACCGCCCCGACUGGAGGCGGGCAAGGGUUUGAUGACAGCCAAACGUUUGAGUGAUCUGCUUUUGGGUAAGGCUGUGAAAAAGGAGAAGCUAAUUGACAUCGAAGAGCCAGAGCAGCAGCAGAAAGAGGAGGAGCGUCAGCAGCAGCACGACCAUAAGCUUACACACAGUUUCUAUGAGAAGCGACGAAAACUUCUGGCCAAAAGUCAGCAGCAACAGCAGUCUCCCAAACGUCAGCCACAGCAGCAGCAGCAGCUACAACAGCAACAGCAGCAGCCACAAUACCUCCAGCAGCAACAGCAAGAACAAGUGCUGCGGCAACGUUCCCCCAACUUUUCUCUUCCACUACAAAACAACUCAAAUGUCGGACAGAAUUCGCAGCCGCUGCUUAAGAAGCAAUUGCUGCGUACGUUGUCCGACAGCAGCAGCAAUAUCCUGGCCAUUGCCAACAACAGCGGCAGCAACACUCCUAACGCCAACAGUAAUCCUUGGAAGAGCUCGACGCCCGGUGGCAGCGGGGGCACAACUCCAAGUAGCAGCGAUCUGAUGCGUGUCUUUGUCUGAGAAGUAUAUAUAUAUAUAUGCAGCAUCCAGCAUAAGAGAUAAAGAUAUAUAUAUAUAUAUACGUAUCUAUGUUUAUACAAUUAUAAUUAUGAUUUCGUGAAGCCGGCCCCCUCUUUCUAAAACCCUAAAUUAUUUUUACACAAUUUUUUAAAUCAAUUCAAUUUCAUUUUUUAAAAGUGAUAAUUAGUUACCAAUUAGUUUAUAUGAUAUAAUUGUUUGUAGUACUCUGUUUAGAUCUAUGCUUUAAGAUUUAUUUAAAUAUUAUCGUGGCUAAGCAUUAUGAUAAGUAAAUUAUGUAUAACGCCUGUAACUUUUUAAAAAUACAAGAGCAUGCCCUAUGUUUCAAA